UUUGAUAUGUUUCGUUGUGCUUAGCAGCGGAAGCACUCUUCUGUUGCCAACUUAAUACUCGUUACAGCUGAAGCAGUGCAGGUCUAGAUUUUGUGUUUUUUUUACUGAGUCAUUUUUGCUUUAGUUUAUUUUGAGCCACAGGUUUCUGUGCAACAAUGGUCUGUCUUCAUGUAAAACAUGGUGAUGAAAGCCAGUUUCUCUUCGAUACCACUGUUGACAUUUUGAUUGAUGAAUUAGUCAAACAUAUUACAACUAUUUAUUCCCUGAGACUAAAAGUCAACAGAAUAUGUGCAGAAAUAGAAGAGCUUGCAGAACAUGGAAUAGCUCUCCCUCCGAAUAUGCAAGGACUAACAGAAGAACAGAUUACUGAGUUAAAACUGAAAGAUGACUGGGCAGAAAAGUGCAUUCCAAGUGGUGGAGCAGUCUAUAAAAAGGAUGGUAUUGGUAGGCGUAAUGGUCAAGAACCUAAUGAGAAAAUGAAAGAGGUUUUAAGAAAGACAGUGGAAGAAACAAAAUCUUUAAUUUCCAAAAAACAAAUUCAAGCUAAUAUUUGUGUAACUACAGAGAUGGUGAGGAAUGCUCUAGACCAGUUACGAGGAGCUGUGUCAAUUGUUUAUCCAAUGGGCUUGCCACCCCAUGACCCAAUAAGACUUGAAUUUGAAGAUAAAGAAGAUUUAACUGGAACUCAGAUGGCCUUGCAAAUAAUUGAAGAGUCAGAGUCACAGCUGUGGUGGGCAGGAAAAGAGUUAAAGAGGGGAAAGAAAUUAUCAGACUAUCUGGGCAAAAAUGAGAAAACAAAAAUAAUUGUAAAGCUACAAAAGCAAGGACAAGGGGCACCAGCUCGAGAGCCAGUGGUCAGUCCUGAAGAUCAGAAACAAAUGAUGCUUCAUUAUUAUAGACGACAAGAGGAACUUAAGAAACUUGAGGAAUCAGAGGAUGAUGCUUACCUAGACUCUGAAUGGGCUGAUCGAAAUAUGUUAAAAAGACAGUUGCAAAAUCUUAAUAAUAUCAAAUGGAGACCAAAAUAAGUGCAUGUAUUUCAGUAUUUUUAGUAAAAUUAUGCUUUAUGUGAUGCUUAUGUGUUGUAAUGUAUAGUCAAUUUAUAAAAUUGUUUCCAUGGUAAAAUAAUAAAAUAUUAAAACUGACUGAAUACUUAAACAGUUUGUAUUUAGCAUUUGGGAUCACCCAGAUCCAGUAGCUGAAAAAUAAGGUAGUUGGUAGGAAAAUCUUCCAUGAAGGAAUGUGAUGCAGAGUGAAGAAUAGCUGACAGCUUGUUUCCAUACCACAGUGGAUACAGAUGAAAUCCUAAUCAAGCUAUUAAUACUGCUAAGUUCCAUAGCCUUUCCACUUGUCUGGUAUUAUAUUUCAGAGAUAAUCUUCAGUAUUGUACCUUAUGGUUCUGGCACAGCUGCACUCAUAGACU